AGGCACAACAUUCAGCAUUGGAGACAAAGUGCGUUACAGCUGCAACCCAGGUUUCUUUUUGGAGGGGCAUGCGUUGCUCACUUGCCAUGAGACCAUGGAAAAUUCUGCAUCCUGGGAUUUCCCUCUGCCCUUCUGUCGUGCUGAUGAUGCCUGUGGUGGGACACUUCGAGGGCAGAGUGGAAUAAUUUCAACCCCACAUUAUCCUUUGGAGUACAACAACAAUGCUGACUGCACGUGGACGAUUUUAGCAGAGCCGGGAGACACUAUAGCUCUGGUUUUCUCGGAUUUCCAAUUGGAGGAUGAAUAUGACUUUUUAGAGGUCACUGGAACAGAGGGAUCCUCUUUAUGGUUUACAGGAACAAAUCUUCCUGCUCCUGUAAUCAGCAGCAAAAACUGGCUUCGUCUUCACUUUCUGUCAGAUGGGAACCACAGACAGAAGGGUUUCAAUGCACAAUAUCAGGUCAAAAAGCAAAUGGAGAUUAAGUCCCGGGGAGUGAAACUGAUGCCAAGUAAAGACAUGAACCAGAAGACAUCUGUGUUAACACAGGUUGGUGCAUCCCAGGGACAUAACAUGUGUCCGGACCCUGGGAUUCCAGAUCGGGGCAAAAGAAUAGGCAGUGAUUUCAGGUUAGGAUCCAGUGUCCAAUUCACCUGCAGUGAAGGUUAUGAUUUGCAAGGCUCCAAAAGCAUCACCUGUAAGAAGCUGAGUGGAAUGAUAGCUGCCUGGAGUGACCAGAGACCAGUGUGUCGAGCUAGAAUGUGUGAUACAUACCUCCGAGGGCCCAGUGGUGUUAUCACAUCUCCUAAUUAUCCUGUCCAGUAUGAUAACAACGCAUACUGCGUGUGGGUGAUCACAGCAGUCAAUCCAGCCAAGGUAAUCAAACUCAAUUUUGAAGAAUUUGACUUGGAGAGAGGAUAUGAUACAUUAACUGUGGGAGAUGGAGGCCAGGUUGGAGACCAGAAAAGUGUGCUUUAUGUUUUAACAGGUACAACCAUCCCUGAUCUGAUUGUCAGCACUCAACACCAGAUGUGGCUCCUCUUCCAGACUGAUAGCGUGAGGAACCUACUAGGGUUCAAAGCAACCUAUGAAGAAAUUGACCAGGGAAGCUGUGGAGAUCCUGGAAUGCUAGCAUAUGGCAAGAGAGAAGGGUCAACAUUUCGCCACGGAGAUUCGUUGACAUUUGAAUGCCAGCCUGCAUUUGAACUGAAGGGGCAGAAAACAAUCACUUGUCAAAAAAGUAGCCAGUGGUCUUCUCAGAAACCAGUCUGUGUUUUUUCCUGCUUCUUCAAUUUCACCAGUCCAUCUGGGAUUGUGCUCUCCCCGAAUUACCCGGAGGAAUAUGGCAGUAGCUUGCACUGUGUCUGGCUAAUCAUCGCAAAACCCGAAAGUCGGAUCCAUUUGGCUUUUAAUGAUUUUGACGUGGAGCCUCAGUUUGACUUCUUGGCAGUGAAAGAUGGUGGAACAGCUGAAUCACCCACCCUUGGGACGUUCUCUGGAAACCAACUCCCAUCUUCUCUGACCAGUAGCGGUCACGUUGCCAGGUUGGAAUUCCAGACAGACCACUCCACUGAGAAGCGUGGCUUCAAUAUCACAUUUACCACCUUCAGACACAAUGAGUGUCCUGACCCAGGAGUGCCGGUCAAUGGGAAGCGCUUUGGUGAUAGCCUCCAACUUGGCAGUUCAGUCUCUUUCCUAUGUGAUGAAGGCUUCAUAAGGACCCAUGGCUCAGAAACAGUCACCUGUGUCUUGAAAGAAGGCAAUGUAGUUUGGGAUAAUGCAGUCCUGAGAUGUGAAGCUCCCUGUGGUGGCCACCUGACCUCGCCAAAUGGAAUGAUCCUAUCUCCAGGAUGGCCGGGAUUCUACAAGGACUCUCUCAACUGUGCAUGGGUCAUUGAAGCUCAACCAGGGUACCCAAUCAAAAUCACAUUUGACAGGUUUAAAACGGAGGUGAAUUAUGACACGCUGGAAGUGCGUGAUGGCAAAUCCUACUCAUCUCCCUUGAUUGGAGUUUAUGAUGGGACCCAGGUCCCCCAGUUCCUCAUCAGCACCAGUAAUUUCCUUUACCUGCUCUUCACCACAGACAAAAGUCACUCGGACGUUGGCUUUCAGAUCCACUAUGAAACGGUAAAGCUCCAGUCUGAUCACUGCUUGGACCCAGGGAUUCCGGUCAAUGGGCUACGAUAUGGGAAUGAUUUCUAUGUGGGGGCGCUGGUGUCUUUUGGCUGUGAUCCAGGGUAUACCUUGAGUGAUAGUGAAGCUCUGGAAUGUGAACCAAAUUUUCAGUGGAGCAGGCCACUUCCAAGCUGUGAAGCGCUCUGUGGAGGCUACAUACAAGGAUCAAGUGGCACUGUAUUAUCCCCAGGCUUUCCAGAUUUCUACCCCAAUAAUUUAAACUGCACUUGGAUUAUAGAAGCUUCUCAUGGCAAAGGUGUUUUCUUCACUUUCCACACUUUCCACUUGGAGAGUGGUCACGACUACCUGUUGAUCACUGAAAAUGGCAGCUUCAGUCAGCCUCUGAAACAGCUCACUGGUUCCCACCUGCCUGCUCCUUUCAGCGCUGGCCUCUUUGGGAAUUUCUCUGCUCAGAUCCGCUUCAUCUCUGACUUCUCCAUUUCUUAUGAAGGCUUCAACAUCACUUUUUCAGAAUAUGACUUAGAACCUUGUGAUGAGCCCGAAGUGCCGAUCUACAGCAUCCGCAAAGGUCUUCAAUUUGGUGUGGGGGACAUCUUGACUUUCUCCUGCUUCCCUGGGUAUCGAUUGGAAGGUGUCUUCAGCAUUACUUGCCUGGGCGGUCGACGGCGUGUGUGGAGUUCGCCACUGCCAAGGUGUGUUGCGGAAUGUGGUUCCUCUGUGACGGGGACUCAAGGUGUUCUCUUAUCUCCAAAUUAUCCCCUAAACUACAACAGCUACCACGAGUGUAUCUAUUCCAUCCAGACGCAGCCAGGAAAAGGAAUUCAGCUCAAAGCCAGGGCAUUCAGUUUGGAAGCUGGAGAUGUUCUCAAGAUUUAUGAUGGCAACAAUAACUCGGCUCGCCUGCUGGGCUCCUUCAGCCGUGCCGAGAUGUUGGGUCUUAAUGUCAACAGCACUUCCAGCUCGAUGUGGCUUGAAUUCAUCACAGAUGGAAAUGGCACGGAUCAAGGUUUUGAGCUGCAGUUUUCUAGUUUUGAUUUAAUCAAGUGUGAGAACCCUGGUAUCCCGCAAUUUGGCUAUAAAGUCCACGACGAGGGACAUUUUGCAGGAAGCUCCGUCUCUUUCAAUUGUGACCCUGGCUACACAUUACGCGGCAGCCGUGGGCUUACUUGCUUGACUGGAGAGCGAAGAUCCUGGGACCAGCCUCUCCCCACCUGCGUAGCUGAGUGUGGGGGCAGCAUUCGAGGCGAGUCUUCGGGAAGAAUCCUGUCUCCAGGGUUCCCAACGCCCUAUGAUCACAACCUCAACUGUGUCUGGACAAUUGAAGCAGAGGCGGGUUGCACAAUAGGGCUCCACUUCAUAGUUUUCCAUACGGAGGACUUCCAUGAUGUUUUGAGGAUCUGGGAUGGGCCAGUGGAGAAGAGCAUCCUCCUGAAAGAAGUUAGUGGUUCUGUCUUGCCCAAUGAUGUCCACAGCACCUUCAACUUGGUGGUCCUUCAGUUCAACACGGACUUUUUCACCAGCAAACAGGGCUUUGCCAUUCAGUUUUCAGUGUCCACCGCCACCUCCUGCAAUGACCCUGGAAUUCCACAAAACGGGAGUCGGAGCGGUGACAGCAAGGAGGCAGGAGACAACAUCAUUUUCCAGUGUGAUCCAGGAUACACCUUGCAGGGGGACGCCAAGAUCAGCUGUGUGCAGGUUGAGAACAGGUUCUUCUGGCAGCCUGACCCACCCACCUGCAUAGCACCUUGUGGUGGGAUCCUGGCUGGACCUUCCGGGGUUAUUUUGUCCCCCGGUUACCCAGAGCCUUACCCUCCAGGAAAAGAGUGCGAUUGGAAGCUGACCGUCUCCCCGGAUUAUGUCAUUGCUCUGGUGUUUCAAACGUUUAAUCUGGAACCCGGGUAUGAUUUCCUGCACAUCUAUGAUGGGCCCAGCUCACUUAGUCCCCUGAUUGGGAGUUUCUAUGAUACCCAAGUACCAGAGAGGAUUGAAAGCAGCAGUAACAACCUCUUCCUGGCCUUCCGGAGUGAUGCUUCUGUCAGCAACACAGGAUUUGUCAUCCAUUACACAGAAAACCCCAGAGAAUCCUGCUUUGAUCCAGGUCUGAUUAAGAAUGGGACUCGAGCUGGAAGUGAGCUGAAACUGGGCUCCACAAUCACAUACUACUGUGACGGUGGUUAUGUGAUUGAAGGGGUGUCCACUCUGACGUGUGUCAUGGGAGGAGAUGGGAAACCUGUGUGGAACAAGCCAAGGCCCAUGUGCACAGCACCAUGUGGAGGUCAGUACACGGGGUCGGAUGGUGUCGUCCUGUCCCCCAACUAUCCUCAGAACUACACCAGUGGACAAGUGUGCCUGUAUUUCAUCGUUGUGCCCAAAGAUUAUGUGGUAUUUGGCCAGUUUGCCUUCUUCCAGACAGCUCUCCAUGACAUCAUUGAAGUACAUGAUGGUCAAAACCAACAUUCCCGCCUCCUCAGUUCUCUCUCUGGUUCUCAUACAGGUGAAUCCUUGCCUCUGGCUACCACCAACCAAAUAUUGAUCAAAUUCAGUGCCAAAGGGCAGGUUACAGCCAAAGGCUUCCAUUUUGUCUAUCAAGCGGUUCCACGAACCAGUGCCACCCAGUGCAGUUCUGUGCCAGAGCCCCGCUACGGGAGACGGAUUGGCAGCGAUUUCUCGGUGGGGGCUGUGAUCCAGUUUGAGUGUAUUGCUGGAUAUGCCCUCAAGGGGUCCCACAGCAUUGAAUGCUUGACGAUGCCUGGAACUCUUGCCCAGUGGAACACUUCGGUGCCUACUUGUCUUGUGCCUUGUGGUGGAAACUUAACAGAGCGAAAAGGCACCAUUUUGUCCCCUGGAUUCCCGGAGCCCUACUUGAACAGCCUCAACUGUGUGUGGAAAAUAACUGUCCCUGAAGGUGCUGGAAUUCAGAUUCAAGUGAUCAGUUUUGUCACAGAACAGAACUGGGAUUCGCUAGAAGUCUUUGAUGGAGGGGACAACACAGCCACCAUGUUGGGCAGCUUCUCAGGUACCACUGUCCCAGCCUUGCUCAACAGUACCUCUAACCAGCUCUAUUUGCACUUCUACUCUGACAUCAGUGUCUCUGCUGCUGGAUUUCACCUGGAGUACAAAACUGUGGGUCUCUCCAGCUGUCCAGAAUCUCCUGUUCCCAGUAAUGGCUUGAAAAUUGGUGAAAGAUACCUGGUGAACGAUGUGGUCUCCUUUCAAUGUGAGCCAGGAUAUGCUCUCCAGGGACACUCUCAUAUUUCCUGCAUGCCUGGAACUGUGCGACGCUGGAACUAUCCUCCUCCACUUUGUAUAGCCCAGUGUGGAGGAAUUUUAGAAGAGAUGGAAGGUGUCAUUCUAAGCCCUGGCUUUCCUGGAAACUACCCUAGCAACAGUGAUUGUACCUGGAAGAUAUCCUUUACUGUGGGAUUUGGUGCUCAUCUCCAGUUCUUAAACUUCUCCACUGAACCUAACCAUGACUUUGUUGAAAUUCGCAAUGGGCCCUACGACACCAGUAACAUCAUCAGCCGGUUUAGUGGGACCGACCUCCCAGGCUCCCUUCUUUCCACAUCCCACGAAACCACCAUAUAUUUCCACAGUGAUCACUCACAGAACAAGCCUGGUUUUAAAGUAGAAUAUCAAGCUUAUGAACUCCAGGAGUGCCCAGAUCCUGAACCCUUCGCCAAUGGCAUUGUAAGAGGAGCAGGUUAUAGUGUGGGGCAGUCCAUCUCCUUUGAGUGCCUCCCUGGCUAUCAGUUGAUUGGACAACCAGUCUUAACCUGUCAACAUGGAACCAAUAGGAACUGGGACCACCCAUUGCCCAGGUGUGAAGUCCCCUGUGGAGGAAACAUCACUGCCCAAAAUGGAACAAUCUACUCCUCCGGCUUUCCCAAUCAGUAUCCCAAUUCCCAGGACUGCACGUGGGUAUUUGUGGUGUCACCUGGAUAUGGCAUCUACCUCAACUUUACCUUGCUACAAACAGAGCCGUACAAUGACUUCAUCACUGUCUGGGAUGGUUCUCAAGAGACAGCACCCCAGCUGGGGGUUUUCACAGGACACUCAGUGAAGAAAGUCAUCCAAAGCUCUUCCAAUCAUGCUCUGAUGAAGUUUCACAGCGAUGCAGCCAAUGGAGGCCUUUUUGUCAUCCACUUCUAUGCCUAUCAACUUUCUAAGUGCCAACCGCCAACUAUGGUCCCUAAUGCUGAAAUCAUCACUGAGAAUGAGGAUUACAGAAUAGGUGAUAUUAUUAGGUAUCAAUGUCUUCCUGGCUUCACCUUGGUUGGGAAUGAGAUCCUGACAUGCAGGCUUGGUACCCACCUCCAGUUCGAAGGCCCUCCCCCAACGUGUGAAGUUCACUGUCCAAUGAAUGAGGUCCUCCGUGACUCCACAGGAGUGAUCCUAAGCCCAUCCUUCACAGGCAGCUACCCUCACUUCCAGACUUGCUCUUGGAUGAUAGCAGUGGAACCCGAGUACAACAUCACCUUCACCGUUGAAUAUUUCUUGAGUGAGAAGAAGUAUGAUGAGUUUGGGAUAUUUGACGGGACUUCAGGUCAAAGUCCACUGUUAUUGUCUCUAAGUGGAAAUUACUCUGCACCACUGGUGGUGACCAGUUCAGGAAACAGAGCAUAUCUCCACUGGUCCUCUGAUCACGCCUACAGCAGGAAGGGUUUCCGGAUCCGAUAUUCGGCCCCUUAUUGCAGCCUCCCUCCAGCACCUCUCCAUGGCUCUAUCCUCAGCCACUCCGGCCUGCAGCCAGGAAGCACCAUUUGGUUCGGUUGUGACACCGGCUACCGCCUCGUUGGCCACAGCUUUUCAACGUGCUCGAGACACCCCCAGGGUUACCACCACUGGAACAAAGCCAUUCCUCUGUGUCAAGCAAUCUCCUGUGGAGUUCCUAGAGCUCCGAAGAACGGGGUUAUUUUUGGCAAGGAAUACACCAUGGGCAACAAAGCAGUUUACCAAUGCGAAGAGGGCUUUCACCUCCAUGCCCAAGAUAACUCCAGCAUGGAGUGCCUGGCUACUGGACAGUGGAGCAAUGGCAAUAAUCCUCCUCCGUGUGUGGCGGUCAGCUGUCCUGACAUCAGUAGCAUUGCUGUGGAACAUGGGAGAUGGAGGUUGAUUCAUGAGACCCAGUACCAAUAUAAUGCACAGCUCAUGUUGAUCUGCGACCCAGGCUAUUAUUACAUUGGGUUUCGUGUCAUCGGCUGCCAGGCGAAUGGGAAAUGGAGCAUAGGAGAGCCCAUGCCGACUUGUAGAAUCAUCUCCUGUGGAGACUUGCCCGUGCCACCCAAUGGAAACAGGAUUGGGACUUUAACCACUUAUGGAGCUACUGCCAUCUUCUCCUGCAAUAGCGGCUACACCUUAGUGGGUUCUCGUGUGCGAGAAUGUAUGGCCAACGGUCUUUGGAGUGGACUAAAAGUGACAUGCUUGGCCGGUCAUUGUGGUGAACCAGGUUCUAUUGUCAAUGGCCAGAUCAAUGGCGAGAACUACAAUUACCGUGGCAGUGUGGUGUAUCAGUGCAACCCUGGCUUCCGGCUGAUAGGCAUGUCCGUUCGCAUCUGCCAGCAAGAUCACCACUGGUCCGGGAAGACUCCUGUUUGUGUGCCCAUCACCUGUGGUCACCCAGGCAACCCAACAAAUGGCCUGACCCAAGGCGCUCAGUUCAAUCUCAAUGAUGUGGCCAAGUUUACAUGCAACGUUGGAUAUCACCUUGAAGGGACUUCCAAGUCCCAAUGCUUGGCGAACGGCCAGUGGAGUAAACCCUUGCCCAUCUGUCGCAUUGUAAAUUGUACUGAUCCUGGGCACCUGGAAAACAGCGUCCGUCAAGUGCAACCAAAUGGGCCUCACAGAUAUAGUUUUGGAACAACCGUCUCUUAUCAAUGCAACCAUGGAUAUUAUUUACUGGGUACUCAUGUGCUUGUGUGUCAGGGCGAUGGCAUUUGGGAUCGGCCACUCCCUGUCUGUCAUAUGGUCUCCUGUGGCCAUCCUGGAUCCCCACCUUAUGCCCAGAUCUUGGGUGAUGUCCACACCGUAGGAGCGGUGGUGCACUACAAAUGCCAGGAAGGCAGGAAUUUGAUUGGCAAUUCCACCCGCACCUGUCAGCUUGAUGGGCGUUGGAGUGGCUCUCUACCUCAUUGCUCAGGAAGCAUCCGGGGACUUUGUGGUGAUCCAGGAAUCCCUUCCCAUGGUAUCCGGCAUGGUGAAAACGAAUUAAGUGUGAACAGCACGGUCUGGUUUAGCUGUGAGCCAGGUUACACGCUCCGGGGCUCACUGCAAAGAAUCUGUCAAGCCAAUGGAUCAUGGAGUGGCACUCAGCCAGAAUGCGAAGUGAUCUCGUGUGGGAACCCUGGGACACCCAGCAACUCAAGGGUAUUAUUCAAUGACGGCCUGGUGUUCUCCAGCUCCAUCAUAUACAAGUGUCGGGAUGGCUAUUAUUCCACAGGUGUGCUCAGCAGGCAUUGUACUGUCAAUGGAACCUGGACUGGGAGUACCCCAGAAUGCACAGUGAUAAACUGUGGGGACCCUGGCGUGCCAGCCAACGGCAUCCGGAUGGGCAAUGACUUCACCUAUAAUAAGACUGUCACAUUUCAGUGCAUGCCAGGUUACAUGAUGGAAUCAGAAAGAGCUUCUACAUUAACUUGCACUAAGGACCGCACCUGGAAUGGGACAAAACCUGUCUGCAAAGCUAUCAUCUGCAAAUCUCCACAAAUUGUUCCCAAUGGAAGAGUCAUGGGCUCAGAUUUCAGUUGGGGCUCAAGUGUCAGUUACACCUGUCUGGAAGGCUACCAGCUCUCCUUAGCUGCUGUUUUGACCUGCGAAGGAAAUGGAUCGUGGAGUGGAGAAAUCCCACAGUGUUUCCCUGUCUUUUGUGGCGAUCCAGGAAUCCCAGCCGACGGGCGGAGGGAAGAUCGAGGUUUUACUUAUCGCUCCUCUGUCUCAUAUUCCUGUCUGCCCCCGUUGGUGCUGGUGGGAUCCGCUCGGAGGUUCUGCCAGGCUGAUGGAGCGUGGAGUGGGACCCAGCCAAGCUGCAUUGAUGCAAGUGUUACAACCUGCAUGGAUCCAGGUGUGCCCCCUUUUGGAAUUCAAAACAAUUCCCAAGGUUAUCAGGUUGGAAGUGUCAUCUUCUUCAAGUGUCAUAAAGGAUAUUUGCUGCAAGGGUCCACCACCAGAACUUGCCUUCCAAAUCUGACAUGGAGUGGAAUUCAGCCCAACUGCAUCCCACACAACUGCAAAGAACCAGAUACCCCAGCCCAUGCCAACGUGGGCGCUCUGGACCUGCCUUCGCUGGGAUACACCUUGAUCUAUUCAUGCCAGAAUGGCUUUUAUCUCACCGGAGGAUCAGAGCAUCGGACUUGUAAGGCUGAUGGUAGCUGGACAGGGAAGCCUCCCGUUUGCCUGGCGGAUGUCCGACCCAGCAGACGGCCUACGGGGGCUGCGAAGGACCAGCAUCUUCCAAAAGUUCCCGCUGAUGUCUUUGCCAAAAAUUCCUUCUGGAAAGGCUCCUAUGAAUACAUGGGCAAAAAGCAGCCAGCCAUGCUUUCUGUCACCAGCUUUGAUCCAGUCACCAGUAAAGUCAAUGCCACUCUGAUGGACCACAGUGGUGUGGAGCUGCAAGUCUCUGGUAUUUACAAAAGAGAAGAUGUCCAUCUUCUCCUCCAGGUACACCAAAUUACAGGACCACUGGAGAUCUUCACAAACAAAUUCAAGAAUGAUAAGUGGGCAUUGGAUGGACACGUCACUCCAGAAGCUUCAAGCGGGACCUUUGUCUACCAAGGGUUUGUCCAUGGCAAAGGUUUUGGACAAUUUGGUCUCCAAAGACUAGAUAGCAGCAUCAUUGAACGGGAUCCUGAAUCAACAGGAUAUCCAUUUGCAUCCAACAGCAGCUCAGUUGCAGCUGCGAUCCUCGUGCCUUUCAUUGCCCUGAUGAUUGCAGGGUUUGUGCUCUAUCUCUACAAGCACAGAAGGAGACCGAAGGUGCCGUUCAAUGGCUAUGCCGGCCAUGAAAACACCAAUGUCCGAGGAACAUUUGAAAACCCAAUGUAUGACCGCAAUUUGCAACCAACAGACAUCAUGGCCAACGAGGCAGAGUUUACCGUCAGCACUGUGUGCACUGCAGUAUAGCACUUACAAUUCUGUGUGCACCUUCUCCAGAGACGGGAAUCUCACCAGUGCCCAGUGAUCCUCCUGGCUCAUCUUUGCCCAUGAUCUUCUCACCCAGAAACGUUGGGAUUGUGGAGUUGUUAUGGUGCCUUUGAGCUGAUCCAGAGAGAGAGAAAGAGACUGCCUUGCUGUUUAUCACUGCUCUGCAUCUUCAUUGCCCAUCGUCCUGCCCUCCUGCAACUGAUAAUCAGAUCUACCAAAGCAUCCACCCCAGCCCUUGUGCCAAGAGCCCAAGAUGUGGAAAUCUUUCCUCUUCCCUCUACUCCAGAGAUGCUCCUCCCCAUCCUUGAGCCUUUUUCUAUCAGUUCCUGGCCAACCUUUGGACUGGCUGACUGCUGCUCAAAGACCAUUGAUUGUCCCACUGUUUGCCUGUGGUCGAUAAACACCUUUCUGGGGGACGCUUCAUGGCAGUCUAAGAAAACCCACACACCCAGGCUGCCCAGAAGAAGCUACACAAGAGGAAGCAGGCACAGGCUGGUUGAGGAGACCUGUGGAUGCAGAGAACUUGGGCUAAAUGUAUCCAGCAUAUCCAACUCAUACAGCAAGUUUAGCAUCUGGAGAAAUGUUCCUCAGAUAUAUGUUGGUUCUCCUCCUCUCCCUUCCCCACCCUUAUAUAUUUAUUUCAUAUUAAUAUUCUAGGGCAAGAAUGUCAUGUUUCUGACCAUCCUUGCAAACCUCUGAGAAGGCCUCCAUUCCUACCUUCCAAUUUGCAUUUUUUUUUUAGAGCAUUUGCUUCUUAGGUUUUCUAAAACUGGCAACCCUUCCCGUCCCCAGUUCCAAUGAUUAGAUCAACUCAGGACCACUUCUUUCAGACUAAAUGGUCAUCUUUGCUUAGUUGAUUCAGAGAAAAUACAGAACUUCCUAAGUGGUACAGUUCUUGGCAUAAGAAAUGGGACAUCCCCAUUAUAGAAUUGGGAGAAUCCAAUUAUUGCUAUCUCUGUCCCAGCUCAUGCAUUUCUCGGAGGUCUGAUACAAUUUGUCAGCCACUGAUCUGCAAUAUGUUCUUUCAGGGGAGGGGGAAGUAGCAUCCCAGCCUAGUGUUUUCAUUGCUUUGUGCAAUGCUCUUUGGACCUUAGCCUCAUGAGGAUCAGGGACACUUAUUCUGUGUCUGUGACAUCACAAAUAUCCGAUGUGACUAAUUUAUUUUUCUGAUUUAUAUAUAUUUCUAUAUUUCUAAGAAGUCAAGUGCCAUCCUAGAAGGUUCAUUCACUUGAUGUUCUAGUUUUUGAAAUAAAAUGGCAGAUAACUUUCCCUACUGCAUUAUCACAUGCUUUCACUUACCUGUUCUGCUUCAUCCUUGGCUCUAUAAACCCACUGCAGGGCUAAACGGACAACUCACCUGUUAGAGAAAGACAAGUACAGACCUCAUUCAGGUAUCCCCAUCUAUUGUUAUGAGGAACUUGCAAUAUUGUCCUGAUUAAUCUAGGCCUGACAUCCAGAGAUUUUUCUUGCCUAGUUCUCCUCAUGAGACUGCCUUAUACCAGUCUACUCAUCUACUGCAGCAUUAUCUACAAGAAAGGAGCCGGGACUGCCUGUGGUCAACCAGCUGCAGGUAAUUCAUCAUCAAGCAUUGACCAUCAUUUCAUGUUCUUCAAGAUGCCAAGGAUGGAGUCUAAGAAUUUUUGCACACAAAGUAAAGUCUUAUGACCUUUCCCUAAUAGCCUGAAAGAAAGUCUCAUCUCAUGCUACCUAAAGGUUUUCAAAUACAGUCAACAAUGCUGCCAACCCUUGACUCUUGACUUCCAUCGCAUCCUGCUGCAAAGAUGAGCACAAUCUAUGCCAUGACAUCAUUGCCCCAAGUCCUUCACUGCUGCAGAGAAGGGGACAGCACAGCAUAAUGGGAUCAAGAGCAGCAUAAAUUCAGACAUUGCAAAGAACAGGGAGCCAGGCCUACACACCAGCAGUGGCCUCACGUCGCUCCUACCAUCUAGUCGAGCUUUCAGUAUCUAGAGAAUAUGAAGGACAGGUUUAAGGCUGACACUCAUGUCCCAAAGUUGCUUUUUCCAAAAGGCAACUGGACUUUCUUAUUUUUUUUUUCUUUGAACAUUUUCUUUGAACAUUUCAUUUCUCAGCCAAGAAUAGAAAAGAAGUGAUUCAAAGAAAAAAACCAAGAAAUUCUAAUUGCCUUUUGGAAAAAGCAUCUUUGGGACAACCAUGUCCUGGAUGAUUGAAAACCUCCAUAGACUGACACCCAUGGUACAGCUGAAGUGCAUCGGGAACACAGGAGGGGAAUUCUUUCUUGCCCAACCCAUUGAAUAUGUAUCUGCAAUUUUAAAUAUAUCCCAGCCAGGUUAACUACAGCAAUGAAUAAAAGAGUCAAGAUUAGGGCAGCCUGGAAGCUGCUUCUACCUGCUAUAAUUUUACCAAAUAGUUAUUCCCCAUGGAAGUGGAGUGAGCAUCCUGGCCCAAGGCACUUUCACAAUGCUCCUCCAUCAUUUCCAUAUAAGAACGAUGAUCGCUCUGAGAGACUAGUUUGAAGGAUGUUCCUACAUCCUCUAGCUAGUUCACUCUGUGGCUGGGAAAACCAGCAACUUCCGUGAAGUGAGUGCGAGAAAAAGAAUCCAGCAUCAUACAAGUUGUCGAGUUCAGGCUUCUCCAAACCCGUGUCCUCUAAAUUGGUUGGGAAUUACAAGCCAAACACUUGCACGAUACAAAUUAGGAAAGGUGGUUGAAGCUAUUGUAACCCAAAAAGACCUGGAGAAAAUGCAUCCUAGAAACCCAGUGCUAAAAUCAUAGGAUUUCAUUUCACUUUUUGUUUCGUCUUUCUUACUUCUACCCAAUAUUCUUUUU